UCGAUUUCGCUAUCUGAUAACCAGCGGCUCCACUAAAAGAGAGGAAAACGUUGGAGACUCAAAAAUUGAAUGACAUCAGAGAGUUAGGCUUAGCUGGGGGGAAUAAGGUCGUCUACAUACGCCCAUGUAUUAGCUGUCCCCUCCUGAAUAGCCUGGUUUGGGUGCCAACGGAGUGGGAAAACCUACAGUCACUAUCUGUAGGAAAACCUAGCUGAGGUUUUCAGACGACCUCCUUUCAGAGUGAUCGACCGAGGAAUUUGGAACCGAACAAAUGGCUUCCAUUUGAGAAAACAUUUGUUCAAUCGCAGUGUGACGAUCUGGACAGCUCUUGGAGCAUGAACUGCCUGCAGUUCUCCGUUCUCCAUAUGACCAACAACAUGUGCAACAAGGCGAGCAUUGAUGAUUCCUCCUGUCUCCUGUUGGGUGGUUCAAGCUAUGCACUACCAUUUUGCAUGGAUGAUGACGAUGGAGGGCCACCUCAGGCGGCGCUCACCUUCCACCUGCCAACCGGCGGCACUCAGCAAGUCGUGGUGGAGGAAAACCUUCGCUGCAUAGAUCUCUGUCAUCUGCUUACGCUUAAAUUGAAUGUUGCCCGAUCCCCUACCUGGACCAUCGUCGAACGAAUAGCGGACCUCAAUAUUGAACGUAGUCUCGAAGACCACGAAGAAGUCCUGCAGGUGUAUGCAUCUUGGGGGAAGGAACAGUCGAAAAACAAGUUUAUCUUUCGACAAGACUUCAGGAAAUAUGAGUUCUUUGACUCACCACUUCAAUUUUUCUCCCUCGAUAUGGUGGACUUUGGAUCUCAGCUAGACUGCCUGGCAGAGUCUACGGAUCUUGCAAAGUUGGUUACGCUCCAGAACCUCCUAAACCAAGGUGACAAGUGUCCGGUUGUGCAUAGCCAGCUGUGGUGUCAGGAGUCUGGAAAACAAUCCUGGAAGAGGUCCUAUUUUCACGUGGAGAAUUCAGAUAUUUCUGUCUCUACCUCUGGCUUGAAGGAAGUUUGGCAGCUGAAACACAUAUUGGAUCUGGCGCAGUGGAACAUUUACACACCGUUGGGUAAGAACGCCAGUGGACCAACCAAGUACCAGUUCUGCCUCAGGACGGGAAAUAACGAUCUCAUGUGGUUCUGCAGCGACAGCGAACAGCAGAGGCAAUGCUGGAUCAUUGCUCUGCGACUCGCCAAGUUUGGCAAGAAGCUGCGUGAGAACUAUAAAGAGGCCAAGUCAAGAUACACAACGAGUGAGACAGCUUCACCCUGGGUUGCCAUGGACUUUACUGGGAGUAAAGGAAGAGUCAUAGAUGACCCACAAGAGGCUCAAGCUAUUGCAGCUGCAGAAGCUCACAGCUGGAAGCGGAAACUUCCCUGCUGCCGUUCAGGCCACGUAUCUCCCAGUCCCGGAGAAUUUGGGAUAGAGCACACUCAACCGUGGUUCUAUAGCGGAAUGUCCCGUGACGAGGCCACCCAGUUGCUUCUACGACACGGCACCGUAGACGGUGUCUUCUUGGUACGUCACAGCUUCAGCAAACCUGGCAAUUUUGUCCUCUGCUACGCUUAUCGGGGGAAAGUACACCACGUCCAGGUUAUUGCAGUGGAGGAAAAGGACCAAUUGUGUUACUCCUUGGAUGGAGGCCGUACUAAGUUCUAUGACCUCCUCCAACUGGUAGAGUUUUACCAGCUCAACCUGAGCUACCUCCCCACCAAGUUGACCCAUUUUCUAGUUCACCAUGCCAAGGACACAGCUUAAUUGUGGUACCCUUAGUCCCAAUGGAAGGUCAUUCCACACUGUGUAAAGAAUCUCUUCAUCUUCAGUUUAAUUUAUUUAACUUAACAAUGUUCCUGCUCAAGCUGAGGAACUCACCUAGUGAUCAGCAAUGCAACCUUUGUGGAGCACUUUUCUUUUACACGUGCAACUUUGUUCCUAUCGUGUCCUCAUAAUAGCCCUUAUUUAUUGGCACGUCAUUUUCUACCUCGUUAAAGGGGGCAGUAAACCUCAACACGUUGGGAAAACACUCAAUUUUAGCUUUAUCUCUAUUUGAAACUCUUUGUUCCGUUACUUUUGACUACUCGUUGCAUUAUGCGGAAAAGACUGGAUUUUUUUUUCCUGCAAAUUCCCGCAUGCACAAGUUUCGUGGACAGACAGUGUUCUAGGUCGCCGAAAUAUUUGCUGGAACAAAGUUGAGGUUUUUGCUCUCUGAGUAAACUGCAUGGAAAAAUGACCAUAUCACUUUGUCAAGUAUUUGGACAGUGUACAGAUUAUUUUGAGUUUCUAUGUCUGUGGAUGUUUCGUAAAUAGAGCACAGUGAUUGAUGGCAGAGGGCACACAUGUUAGUAUAACGGGAUAUAUCUCGUGCUGUGGAUAUCCAACAGUUCUUGGAAUUUGGCUCUGGAGGAUUUUCUUUUUGCACUAUUUAUGAAACUGAAAUUUAAACUCUGGUUAGUUCAUCGGGGUCUUUGUGAAUGUAGAACAGGAUAAUGGCCUCAAAAGCACGCUGCCCUUUACUUAUUUUGCAAUAAAGUUUCCCAGUGAAACACGGAUAAAGGUGACACACAUUUAUGAAUGACAUACACGCGAAGCAUUGGACAGAUAUUGCUACAGCCUAGUCAGUGGAUGAAAGAUGUCAGGUUUGUGUCCUGUUGUUUAUGCAAAUACCAGUAAUAUGCAUUGGCAAAAUGCCAUAAAAACAUGUUUUUAUUCUCAUCAUAUUGCAUGUACAUCCAUCUUCCAUAAGAAAUCAUGUUUAAAAUGAGUUUGAAGCGAGCCUAUGCAAUAAAGCUGCAUAUCCACAUGA